CUGCAAAAUUUGUUUUUAGGAACAUAUUAUUCAAACCGGCCGUGGGUCCGUGUCUGUAAUCGUGUAUGGAGACCAAGAAAAGCCACCCUUGAUUACAUAUCCAGAUUUAGCUCUAAAUCAUAUGUUGUGUUUUCAAGGGCUAUUCUUCUGUCCCGAAGCCGCUUCAUUGCUUCUUCAUAACUUCUGCAUUUAUCACAUCAGUCCACCUGGACAUGAGUUAGGGGCAGCAGCCGUAUGUCCCGAUGAUCCUAUUCUAUCUGUCGACGAUCUUUGUGAUCAGAUUCUUGAGGUCUUCAAUUAUUUUUGGCUUGGUUCCGUGAUGUGCAUGGGGGCAAUGGCGGGUGCAUAUAUUCUCACUCUCUUUGCGAUAAAGUAUAGAGACAGAGUUACUGGUUUAAUACUUGUUUCUCCUCUUUACAAAGCACCUUCAUGACCGAAUGGCUUUACAAUAAGGGGAAUAUUGUCAACACAUAUGACAACAAAAGACAAAGGUCAAAAAGCUGAAAUGAACAGUGACACGCCAGAAAGCAGUGUUCAGCAGUAACAGCAGGCAAAUGUCAACUAUAAGGGACAAUAAGCAUUAAUAUCUUAUGAAAACCCUUGCACCAAAAAGUUUAGUACUCUCCAAACACAUAAUCCAUACUCAUAUGCUAAAAAAAAGGCUUCUCAAAAACUGAAAACCCUUUUCACAAAAAAGUAUAGUACUUUUCAACACAGGAAUUCAAACUCAUAUGCUCAAAAACAGGCUGCUCAAAAAUAGAAUUGUUGUCUUAUAUCCAGCAGUCUAGAAAAUUCCUCAAAAAUAUUGAGGUGCCACCCCUAUAUAAUCCAUGAAACAAUUUGGACAAUCACACUUAACUCUAUUCUUCAUUCUCUCUUCUUUAACAAAUGUCUAAACCGGAUACCUCAUCUGCUUCUGCAAUGUCAAAAAAGGAUUGCUCAUCAGCUGCACCAUUGCCUUCAAUCAUACCUCCAUCCGAGAUUACUUUCUUGAAGGAUUUACAUCCUUCAAGGUCAGAGUUUACCAUCAAAAUCCGUGUCCUAAGAGCAUGGAAUCGAAUGAGUUUCAAAAAUGAGAACGAAAUUUAUGCUCUUGAGAUGUUGGUGGUUGAUGAAGAGGGUACUCGACGUCAAGGGACAUGUUUGAAAACUUUUCUAAAGAAGUUUGGUCCCCUCCUUCAAGAAGGGUCUACUGUGAUAAUCAAAAAUCCUACUCUUGGGGACAAUCUCUCUUCGUUUAAAUACGUCGAUUGCCCUCACAAGAUAUGUCUUUAUUAUGAUUCUAAAGUCAUAAAAUGCAAUGACUUUUUGGGUUCUGAUAAUGGGUUUUCAUUCACUCCAUUUUCUUCAAUUUUGGACAAAACAUUUCAGAAUACUCAACCCAUAGAUGUUAUUGGAGAUGUUUGUGUUUGUUACGACACGGAAUCUUUCACCGGUAAAAAUGGGAAAGAAUCAGUUAAAAGAACUAUGCAGCUUGAAGAUAAAGAGGGCAAUAAAAUAUAUGUGACUCUGUGGGACUCAUACGUACAUCAGUUUAAUCAUUACAUCUCACAAAAUCCUGGUGUUACCCGUGUUGUUCUAAUUAUCCAGUUUGGCAAGUUGUCUUGGUUUAAAGAUAAACCGUAUGUCUCAAAUUCAUAUACGGUAACAAAGGUAUUCAUAAAUCAUGAUUUUAGUGAGAUUCAAGAAUUCAAGACAAGGGGACCGUAUCGUACACCGGAGAUAACCAAACCCCUAAUGAUGCUGCUGACAAGAGCAUAGGAAAACGCCCGGUUAGUUCAGAAAGCAAUGAAACUAAGAAAGAUGCUCGUCUUGAACUCAAACGAAAUCUGAAAGAGGUGUACGAUGUUGAAGAUAAUGAUUGUGCAUCUGCUACAAAAGCUAGCCCAACGAUCCAGCCUAUUCAAGUUCAAGAUGGCAAGUUUGAUUUUCUCAUUCCCAAGCUGGAAAAAUAAUUAUAUCAAGUGUGGUUGUGUGGUUGUUUUGUUUAUGUGUUUUUUUCCAGAAGACUUAUUUUAGGUUUUGGGAUUUGUGGCAUUUUAACUGUUGGUUUUUGAAAUGUUGAACAACUUAUGAUCGUUAUUGUUAUUUCAAUGACUAGCAAUCUUGUAUUGCGUUUGGUGUGUUA